AUGACACAAGUUAGCUCAUCAGUUCAGCAGAAAAACCUGAUUAUUAAGCUAAGGAAAAAUAUUAAAGAGAAACUUAUGGCAUUAAAGUUAAACAAAUCAGAAAAUGAUCGCGAAUUUAAAGAAACAUAUGCUCCGUUGAUUAAUCCGUUAAAUACGUUUGUGCAAAAUGUAAACAACAAGAAAAGCACCAGCAGCAAGAACAACCUACAAACUAAACAAGAACAUCUUAAUAAUUAUAAAAUUAAAUCCAAUAAAAUUAAAUAUGAGAAAGACGAUACCGACGCUCAAAUAGAAUCUGAAAAUGAUGAAUUUGAGGAAACAUUCGAAACUUUCAAUCAAACUUCAGAUGAGGUGCAAUUAAAUAAAUUACAAACGCAUGUACUGAACACGCAGAAUCCAAAGAACAAUAAAACAUAUGAUCAUGUUUUUGGUAGAAGCUAUAAUCCCAAUACCAAACAACUUAUGCUUGGAGCAGAAGGAGUAAUUGAAAUACAAGAUAAUGAUAUCAUUUUAAAUGGAACACGUUUUAAUGGAACAUCAGGAUUGUAUAAUUUGCUAUUUUUAAAAGAUCCAAAGCAAUUCACUAAACAAGAUAACAAUCAAUAUGUUUCAAUGUUAAAACUGAGCAAAGCCAUAUAUUUAAAUAACAAUCCUUCUAUGCGUAUAAAAGGUAAUACAUCUAAAAAGUAUAUGGAAACUAUUAGACCCUAUUUUAUAGAAAAAGAGGGUAAAGGUAUGAAGUUUCUAAAGGUUGACAAUAAACCAUACAGAGCAAUAUAUUGGGAUGAAAAAAAGCAUUUGAAACAUGGCAAAAGCAUUCAAAUUAUACGUUUAGAUAUGAAUCUAGAGGGAGAUUUGCAGAUAUUCUGUUUUCCGGAUUUGGACGGAGAAGGUCAGGUGCUUGCUCAUGCAUUUUAUCCUGAAAAACAGUAUAACAUUGUCGAAAUUCAUAUGGAUCGGGAUGAAAAAUGGAACUAUUUAGCAACCGGUAAUUUUUAUCAAACAUUGCUUCAUGAAAUUGGUCACACGCUUGGAAUAUCUCAUUCAUCAGUAAAAGGAUCUGUUAUGUAUGCAUUUUUUGAGGGGCGAAAUUCUACUGACUUGGCUGCAGAUGAUAUUGCUGCAAUACAAGAGCGAUACAUUUACCCCAAACUACCAUCACCUUCUACACCAACAACAACAACAACACAACAACUACAGUUAGCCCACAAGAAGAAAGUACUAGUCAUACAGAAAUACUAA